GGAAUUAUCUAGGAGUGAAGAGUAACAUCUAUGAUCACGCGAAAAAGUUGCAAAAUACACUCCAAGCAAAAUUUUGUUUUGCAUCCGCGGAAACGGAUCGGAUCAAGGAACAGUGCAAUAAUAUUAUUAUUCCUAGUGAAGUGUUGUAUUUUACUUCCUUGCCCUCUGCUAGUCGUUAGUUAAAAUUACGUACUACUAAAUCAACCGUUACUCGUCAAAAUGUUAGCUCAAAAAUGGAUCUAUCUUGUUAGUCAACAACUCGGCCACGGUUUCCGUGGUAUGGCAACCGUUUCGGCAGGCGCUACAAAUCGGAAGCUUCGUCCGCUGAGCAAAAUGUUGGGAUGGCAGAUUCACUCCUACGGCGGACUGGAAGAAGUUGAGUUCAGUGAAAACCUUAAGAUGCCCGUUCUGACAUCACCGAAUCAACUGCUCGUUAAAGUGAUGGCCUCUUCCGUGAAUCCAAUCGAUGUGGCAAUGAUCAAGGGCUACGGAGCUGCAAUAUUAAAUGCAAUGCGUUGCAAAAGCAGCAUAGAAUUUCCCUUAACGUUAGGUCGGGACUUUUGUGGAGAAAUCGUACAAAAAGGCAUGGGAGUUUCCAGCCGAGAUUUGGACAUCGGCGAUGAAGUGUGGGGAGUGUGUCCCUUGCAUCAGCAGGGCUCUCAUGCAGAGUACGUUGUCGUCGAACGGUAUUGUCUAUCAAAAAAACCGCAAAACCUUAGCAAAAUCGAUGCCAGUGCUGUGUUGUAUGCUGGACUGACCGCGUGGUCUGGAUUAUAUCUUACCGGCCAUCUGGGAAACUUGCUUGGUGCCAUAUCACCAGUCGGUGGCGGACGAGGCAAAAAGGUGCUAGUGCUAGGUUCUGCGGGCGGUGUGGGGACGCUGGCCGUCCAAAUGCUUCUGGCCGAAGGUGUAGAAGUGUAUGCAACGUGUUCAACGGAUGCGGUAGAUAUGAUUAAAAACUUGGGCGUUGAUUACGUCUUAGACUAUAACGACCCUGAACAUGUGAAACAACUAUCAAGUGCUGGAAAAUUUGAUAUCAUCCUGGAUUGUGCUGGUAAGGGAACUGACUAUGCCACCAUCGUACCGUGGAGGUUCGAACAGUACAUCACAUUCAACUCACCCGUGUUGAAAAACAUUGAUGACAACGGAUUUGCCACCGGAAUGUACCAGAACGCUCUGAGCAUUGUGCGUAACAACUUGACGUCCAUCAGUGCCCAAAACGGACUGGUGAAGUGGGGAUAUUUUGCCCCUGCCCCGCAAGGUAUUGCAUAUCUGCAGAAUCUGGUGGAGAAGGGAAAGCUGCUUCCCAUUAUUGAGAAGGUGUUCCCGUUUGAUCAAACUGCUGAUGCGUAUGCGCGUGUGGAUGAAAAACAUCUCAGAGGGAAGAUUGUGAUAGAUUAUAACUGAGAUGAUAAAUACAAGACCAUAUUGUAGAACAUACAAAAAAAGA